AUGAGCGCGACCGCGGCGCCGGCGCGCCAGGCCUCCGCCGCAUCGACGCCCGAGGCCACGUCGACGUUAUCGAAGCUCUCGGUGAUCAGUGCUGCCGUGUGUGCGGCCGCCCGCACGAGCCUCUUCCUCUUUAACGUCAUCAAAUUGCUCGGGUACCACAAAGCCGCCUACGUGACGGUGGCGUGCGUGGCCCUCGUGCUGGUCGUCGCGUGGGGUGUCUACUCCCUGUUCGACGAGGACGGGGCUACCGCGAUCAAGAAGGGGUCGUUCCUACUGGCCGAGUCCGAAGCGAAGUGGUUUCGCAAAACCGCGUUUUCGUGGGAGCAUGUGAAGGUCAAUCUUUUCAUCCUCGACAUGGCUUGGUUCGUCCUUGAUGUCGCCAUUGCUGUGAUGAUGGUGCUCGAAUGGUCGUCGUACGGAGGCGCGACGCCGCGCACGGAAAUCAAAAUUUUGCGGAAAUCAAAUUUCACGGCGCCCGAUUCACACGUAAAAUUGUACGCACAGGUGCGGCGGUGCGGGACUUCCUCGAGGCGAGGAGCCAAAUCUUCUACAUCCUCGUGGCGGCCUUCUUCGUAUGCAGCUUCGUCCUCGACUACUUCAUGGAUGGUCGUUGCGUGAUCCCCAAGCUCUUGCUCGUCGACCUGCCCUACAAGGUGAUCGAGGGCAUCAUCAAGGGGACGCAGCCGGACACCGAGCACGAGCAGGAAGUGUUCGAGGCUGGGGUGGGUGUUGGGGUGGGUGUCGGGGCGGCCACGACGGCCGUGACGGCCGCGAGGCUCAUGUCUCAGUCGCGUUCGGCCAGGGCGGCGACGUCCGGCCUCAGCGUAUCCGAGUCGCUCGCCUUAUGGGAUCAUCUCGCGACGGUCAUCCAGCAGUUCGCGCGCGGCGCCGCCGCGCGCCGGCUCGUGGCUGUCGCGCGCGCCGAGGCCAAGGCGUCCGCGCCGUCGUCCCCGGUGCGCGUGGAGCGGUCGGUCGCCGUCGUCUCGCCGACGCCGUCGAUGGCGGUGUAG